AUGAGAAUGCUCGCGUAUGGCAUCACAGCUGAUUUCUGCGAUGAUUACCUAGAUAUUGCGAAGUCCACUGCCAUUGAGAUUUUUGAGCACUUCACAAAAGCAAUCUGGAAUGUGUACCAUGAGACUUACCUCCGCCGACCAACACCGGCAGAUUUGCGACGGCUGCUUGACAAGGCUGCAGAACGGGGAUUCCCGGGGAUGAUCGGUAGCCUUGAUUGUAUGCAUUGGCAAUGGAAAAAUUGUCCCACCGGAUGGACAGGGCAGUAUACUGGCUACAAGGGGAAGCCCACAAUCAUCUUAGAGGCGGUGGCCUCCUAUGAUACUUGGAUUUGGCAUGCCUUCUUCGGACUUCCAGGUUCCCUGAAUGAUAUUAACGUCCUUGGAUGUUCACCGUUGUUCAAUGACGUAUGCACCGGUGAAACCCCUGAAGUGAACUACCAGGUACAUAAUAGACAUUAUCGUCAAUGUUAUUACCUAGUUGAUGGCAUAUACCCUAAGUGGGGGUCCUUUGUACAAGCAAUCCGAAACUCGAGGUCGCCGCAGACACAACAUUUCACAAGGAUGCAGGAAGCAUACAGAAAAGAUGUGGAGAGAGCAUUUGGUAUUCUCCAAGCUCGUUGGGCAAUCAUAAGAGGACCAGCUCGUGGGUGGAGUAAGGAGAACCUUCAAUACAUCAUGAUGACGUGCAUUAUCUUGCACGAUAUGAUUGUUGAAGAUGAGCAUGAUGAAGAUGCAGCGCAGCCAUUUGAUCCGGAUGAUAUCCCAACCACCAAGGAAAGCAGAGAUAUAUAA